GACGUGUUUUUACUUAUUUCAUUAUUAUUUUACCUGUCGUGCUCGCGUACGUGAAACAUUGAAACAAAUAUAGGGCGUUGGUUACUGCUUGAUUGUCCAAAAAAAGCUAAAAAAAUAUAUGAAAAAGGAAUGACCUGAAGGUAUCGAAUGACGUCGUAAUCGGAGAUUCUGGCCGUUAUAAGGGACUUGGACAAUCAUUGAAGCGUUAAUCAUGUAAAUAAACAACCGCUCACACACAACCAGCACAAAAGUUUAAAGAGAUAUUCACAUGUCGUUCGUCGUUGUCGACACAAAAGUAACAAAACCAUAAAACUAAAACCUGUUUUCGCGGUAACGGAUCGUUCGCGUGUGUUAGUGUUGAAAAAGAAGUUAAAAAGCCACACACCAAUACCAUUAAACUGCAAGAAAAAGAGUAGUUUGUGGUGCGAUGUGGAGUGCAAGCGACACAAAACUCUUAAAAAUCACGAAAAAUAAUAAAAAUUAAAAGCAAAAAAAAUAUGGCGAACUCGUCGCCGCACAAAUAUCUCAGAAAAAAUGCAAAAAACAGUGAUAAUAGGUGUAAUUUUAGUCCGAAAAUGAACAAAUAUCGGAGACAAACGAAUAUUUUGCUCGUUUUCAUACUUGGGCUGAACAUCAGUCUCGUGAAUGGGCAGCAAUCGUAUCAUAACCAUCAAAAUUGGCUGCGUGACAGAGAUCCGAGAUUCUAUUCCAGAGAAGGGGUGGAUUACAAGCCGCCAGAUCCAGGAGAUCCAAAUUACAGAACUUACGAAUUUAACAAUCGACGAUAUGGUUACUACCAACCAAAUGGGUAUGGCACUCAAUAUCCCGGUCAAUCGCAACCCGGACAAUACAACCCAAACAAUCCACUUGGAGAUGAUCGCUUCAAAUUUGAUCCGAACAAUCCGAACAACAUUCAAACUCCCUUUCCCGGCGUUCUUGGAGGUUGGCGCGAAGAUUUGCAAGGAAAACAACGCGAGGGCUCGUUAUAUCUCGAACGUGAUAUUUUUGUGACGACAAAUUACGGGCAAGUUCAGGGAUUUAAAGUGUAUUUGUAUGACGAUCCCGACCCAAAGUCACUUUAUCGACCAUGGCAUCAUCAAAUUGAGAAAGUUACGAAGGAAGUUCAUGUUUUUCUUGGUAUUCCGUAUGCUUUGCCGCCGACGCAUGAAGGGCGUUUCAAGCCUCCUCGCCCUCAUAGGGGUUGGCAACUCCUUCAAGCAGUUGAUUUUGGUCCUGCGUGCCCUCAACCCGUCAUUUAUACGGGCGCUACAAAGGGAAUUCGCGACAUGGACGAGGAUUGUCUCUAUUUGAACGUCUAUUCGCCCAACACGAAAUCCGGCGUGCCUCAAAAGUAUCCCGUGAUGAUCUACAUUCACGGCGGACAUUUCCAAAAAGGUGCUUCCAAUACAUUUCCCGGGCAUAUCAUGGCGGCAUUCUAUGAUGUUGUCAUCGUUACCAUCAAUUAUCGUCUCGGUGCUUUGGGAUUCUUAUCGACAGCUGACGAAAACUCUCCCGGCAACUACGGGAUUUUGGAUCAAGCGAUGGCGAUUAAGUGGGUUCAUGAUAACGCCGAAUUUUUCAACGGAGAUCGGAAUUCGAUCACACUUUUUGGACCUGGAAGUGGGGCAGCAUCCGCUGGAUUGUUAAUGGUAGCGCCCGCAACACGAAAUAUCGUUACAAAAGUCAUCGCGCAAUCGGGAUCUGCUUUGGCUGAUUGGGGAUUAAUUAAUGACAUGUGGCGCGCUCAAAACACGAGUCGAGUAUUUGGACAACAAGUUGGAUGUUCGAUCGAUACGUCAUGGAAGUUGGUGCAAUGUCUCCGUUUCGCAAGGAAUGCUUAUGAAAUCGGAAAUGCCGAGUUUCCGCCGCAAGUUGGAUUUUUCCCGUGGGCACCAGUGAUUGAUUUUAACAUUAGCUAUCCGGGCGAAGAUUGGUACGAGGGUUGGCGUGAACGGGAUUGGCAUUUUAUCAAAGAAAGUCCCGAGGAUUUGAUCAAGAAACGCAUGUUCAACAGAGGAUUGCAUUAUAUGAGUGGCGUGACGACCCAGGAAGCUGCCUAUAUGUUAUUCGAAAACAAGACUUUGGGACCAUAUUUCGAGAUAGAUGAGAAAUUUUUCGACCAAAAAGUGCGUGAACUUGUGUUGCGGUACAAUUAUACACUGAAUUUGAACGGAACUUACGAAGCUAUCAAAUAUAUGUACACUCAUUGGCCCGAUCCGAAGAACAAAACUCACAUCAGAGAGCAGUAUAUCAACCUACUUUCUGACUUCCUGUAUCGCGCUCCAGCGGAUCACAUGUUGAAACUUCUGGUCGAACAAGGUGUCCCGUGUUACAGUUACGUCCUCAACACAACCGUUGAAGGUCUUAAAUACCCCGAAUGGCGCAAAUAUACGCACGACAACGAAUAUUUCUUCCUCAGCGGCGCUCCUUUCAUGGAUGUCGAGUUCUUCCCGAAGAAAUUGCGACUCGAUCGAACGAUGUGGACCGAUAACGAUCGCAAUAUGAGUCACUUUUUCAUGAAAACGUUCACAGAUUUUGCGAGAUAUGGCAAUCCAACGCCUCAACAAGUGCUUGGGUUGUACUUUGAAAAGGCUGGAAAUGGAGAGCUGAAGUAUUUGAACCUUAAUACGACUUACAACUCGACGAUAAUGAUGAAUUAUCGUCAAACUGAGAGUGCUUUUUGGACGCAGUAUUUGCCGACGGUUGUUGGGAUGCUUGUACCAACGUAUCCGCCAUCCACAGAGUUUUGGUGGGAGCCACGAGAACCCCUGCAAAUCGCUUUUUGGAGUAUGACGGGCACGUGUUUGUUCCUGAUGGCGAUCGUUGUCAUCAGUUGUAUCUUGUGGCGGAAUGCUAAGAGGGAAGCCGACCAAUACUAUGAAAACGAUCUCUACAUGGUUGAAAAUCCCGAUGCUGAACGCAUGGAUAACGGCAUCGAUAACACAACUAUCGCCUCUCAACCGCUAAAAUCACGCGAAAAUGUCUACGAUUUCCGCGACACACCCACGCCAGCAACAAAAAUGACAAAAACUGCCGAAACGGCGUCAAUGCGAUCGCCCAGCUCGCUCUCCAACACCCAAACAACCAAAUUCGGCAGUCAAGGAUCUCUUCGAAGUGCCAUUUCUCUCAAAGACUCGUCCACAAUGUCUCCCAUUGGCACACUGGAAAAGGGUAGCAGCAAAUAUUCCGAGCGUGGCAUCGACACGGAUUCACGUACGAACAGCAGUAAUGGUCGUUACGACGACAGUAGUCGACUUAUUGCGAAAUCCAAGGAGAAUAUUGUCUCAACGAAUCCGCAUGGAGACUCACAACGCCCCUUGAGACCCGUUGCAGCAAAUAGACGUGUCAAUAACAGCAGCAAAACCCACCUGAUAGACGGCAUUCCGCAAACAGAAGUCUAAAUCGCGCAAAAAAGUCACAUUACUUAAUAGUUAGUUUUAAGCAUUUAACGAUGACGUAGCUUUAAAAAUGUUUUUCGUACUAAAUAUGAUAAGAUUACUUGUAGAAAUCGAGCUUUUAAGUAGAUUUUAAGUUUAUUUUUAAGGAAAAAACUUGUAAAUAUCCAAUUGUGUCUUGUCUCAAUUGUUCCAAAAGUGUCUCCGUCCAUUUGUUAGUUCUUAAGUCGCGUUAAGUUGACGUAACGUCACUUAACGUUUCCAUUAGUUCGUAAGAAAAGAGAAAAUUUAGGCCAAAUUGUGCAAAUAUUUUAAGAAAUUUAUUAGAUUUAAUUUUUUAAAUAAGUCAGUAGCAAAAUAAUUUUUUAACGGAUAAAAAUUUGAAAUGACAGAUGUCAGAAA